UCAUCUCUCUCUCUCUCUCCCCCCUCUUCAAUACUUCUCCCCUUCUCUCCUCUUCCAUUGAACCUCCAAAUCCCCCUAAAAUUUCCAUCUUUUCCCCUGUAAUUAUCACAUUAUGCCUUUCUAUUUUUAACCCAUUUCCUUCCCUUUUUUUCCCCACUGCAUAUAAAGUUAUAUAUAAUACCAUCAUCAUCUAUCAUCAUACAUAUUUCUAUUCUCAUUUCAUUUCUUUGGAAUACUAAAUAAAUUAAAAAAGUAAUAAUAAUUACAAUAAUAAAUGGCCGUCGUGGCUGAGAACUCGGUCGCACCGCCCCGAUCGCCGCCGAGAACAAGACUCCUCCGCGCCGGCGGAUACGGCGGAGCCCGGCGAGACCGAGUACCAGAGAGAAUGUUCGGAAGCUAGUUGAUCUCUUAUCGAAGCUCAAUCCCUCAGCGAAGGAGUUCUUCCCUUCGUCUUAUCCUGCUCCGGCAGUGGUCCCCACAGCCGGCGAUGGCGGCCAGAUGAAUCCAGCGCCGGCGGCCGGCUCUCUGCUGAUGCCCCCGUGCUUCGUGGCGAUCGACGGAUUAUUAUAAUAAUAUUUAUAGCAAUCACAGUAGCAACAAGGAUUCGAGCAGUGAUGGGUCGGGCAAUCACCAGCUCAAUCGCAGAAGGAGGAAUGGGUCCAAUCAAGGGCGGAGGAGGAUGAGUGAGAGAGCGAGGAGAGCUGAGAGAGAGGACAGUAUUAGGAGGACUGUGUAUGUUUCGGACAUUGAUAAUCAUGUGACCGAAGAGCAUCUUGCUGAGUUGUUUGCAAAUUGUGGGCAAGUAGUUGAUUGCCGGGUUUGUGGUGAUCCCCACUCAAUUCUUCGAUUUGCUUUCAUAGAGUUUGCUGAUGAAGAUGGUGCAAAGGUAGCACUUAAUCUUGGAGGCACCAUGCUCGGUUAUUAUCCUGUCAGAGUGUUACCUUCCAAGACAGCUAUCUUGCCUGUGAACCCUAAAUUUCUCCCAAGGUCUAAUGAUGAAAGGGAGAUGGUUGUGAGGACAGUCUAUUGUACAAACAUUGAUAAGAAGGUCACUCAAGCUGAUGUAAAAGUUUUCUUUGAACAUGCCUGUGGUGAGGUUUCUCGUCUGAGGCUUCUUGGAGAUAAUGUGCACUCGACGCGCAUAGCAUUUGUCGAGUUUGUUCAGGCUGAUAGCGCCAUUUUAGCUCUGAAUUGCAGUGGAAUGUUUUUGGGAGCUCUUCCCAUCAGGGUUAGCCCUUCAAAGACACCAGUUAGGCCUCGAAUUCCUCGCGCAAUAUCAAACUGAUCUGCGAUUAAUCUAACAACUGGAAUGAUUCGGGAGUCAUAACCGAUGAAUGAAUGAGUGAGAAUUUACUUUUCAUCCGAGAAAUCCGACAUUUUUAUUAUCAAAGACAUCUUUAGCAAUUAAACAUAGUGAAAACUCCUGAUGUUUCUAUGGCACUUAAUUUCCCUUUUUUUUUUAAUGCUCGAAGAAGGAACCGAGUGAAUGAGACUAAUUUAAUCUGUUGUUGUUGUUUCGGAGAUUGUUGGAUUUUGUGAUCUUCUCCGGUAACUCCCUUGCAAUCUAUUAAGCUUUGAUAGGUACUAUCAUGUGCUUUUGAGCAAA